UCUAUAUAUAGGAUAGAAUUUUGCAUGCACACCUUUCUUACUCAUGAUCCUUGAUUCCUUCUAGAUUUGGUUUUUUAAAAUUCUGUGUGACAAAUACUCAUAAAGAUGAAGAAAGAAACCUAGAUAUCAAACUUGUGGGUUUCUUUUGUUCUCUUUCCUCUCCCCUAGUAGGUUUAAACAGUUCUUUGUUUAAAAUGAUGCUUCAUUCUUUAUCUUCAAUCCUUCUGGUUCUUAUCCAUUUUGCUUUUCCGGUUUGGACUCAAAGGUUAUAGCUUGACUGGUGGGCAUCCUAUAUACAGAAAUCACAAUAGUUUGUUGGAUCAAUUCUAGCAGAUAUACCACCAAUUCUACCUCACUUGCUAGCUAGGAUUUCUUCCUUUCAGUCUAGUUAGUAUCAUAACAUUUGAAGGGUUAGAUCAUGGGUCAAUUUGUCGGCUGAGAGCACUAUCAGUGAGUGAGGUAGUCAGACUGUCAUAGUUGAUUUGAUCUCUGUACCCAUGACUUACUAUUUUGCUUUCUUUUCUCUGCCUGUUGAAUUCAGAAAGAAGCUCCAGAAACUUUUACUGAGUAACAGUCUCUUUGUGGUGAUUCCUGUAACAUGUUUUAUCAGGCCUUCAGGCAUUUGAGAUCAUGGCAAUAGCUGCUGUUGGGAACAACCUUAUCACUUAUGUUUUCAAUGAGAUGCAUUUCUCUCUGUCAAAAUCUGCAAAUAUAGUCACCAACUUUAUUGGGACCGUCUUCCUGCUGUCUCUCGUCGGUGGAUUCCUCUCGGACUCUUAUCUCGGAAGCUUCUGGACCAUGUUAAUAUUUGGAUUUGUGGAACUCUCUGGUUUUAUCUUACUAUCAGUCCAAGCCCAUCUGCCUCAACUAAGGCCCCCCCAGUGCAACAUGUUAGAGCAGCAGUGUUCACCGGCCAAGGGCUUCAAGGCCUUAAUCUUCUUUAUGGCACUCUACUUGGUUGCCUUGGGGAGUGGCUGCCUAAAGCCCAACAUAAUCUCUCAUGGGGCUGACCAAUUCAGAAAGGAUGAUCACAAGCAAUCCAAGAAGCUCUCUACUUUCUUCAACGCUGCCUACUUCGCUUUCUCUGUUGGGGAACUGAUAGCUCUCACACUUCUGGUGUGGAUCCAGACAAGGUCAGGGAUGGAUGUUGGUUUUGGAGUCUCAGCUGCCGCCAUGGCCAUGGGGUUGAUCAGCCUGAUUUCUGGUACACUGGUUUGUAGGAACAAACGCCCUCAAGGGAGCAUUUUCACCCCAAUUGCCCAGGUUCUUGUUGCUGCAUUCACAAAGAGAAAGCAGAUUUGUCCUUCUAAUUCUGAUAUGCUUCAUGGUAGCCGAAUUAGUACUGGGGCCAGCCACACAGUUGGCGGGACGUUUGCUUCUGCUUCCAACACCAUCAAUCUCAUACACACUGAUAACUUCAGGUUCUUGGACAAGGCCUGCAUUAAAAUCCAGGAUGGGUCUCAAUUGAAUGAAAGCCCGUGGAGAUUAUGCACUGUGAGCCAAGUUGAGCAAGUGAAAAUCAUCAUCUCUGUGAUUCCAAUCUUUGCUUGCACCAUUAUAUUCAACACUAUUUUGGCUCAGCUCCAGACAUUCUCAGUCCAACAAGGAAGUGUUAUGGACACCCGGUUGAUCACAAAAAGCUUCCAAAUCCCCCCGGCUUCCCUACAGGCCAUACCAUACUUGAUGCUCAUAUUUGUAGUUCCUCUCUAUGAGACUGUAUUCGUCCCACUGGCACGGAAGAUCACCGGAAAGGACGCCGGAAUCACCCCGCUGCAUCGGAUAGGAAUUGGCCUUUUUGUUGUAACUUUCUCCAUGGUUGCAGCUGCCCUAGUAGAGAAGAAGAGAAGGUUUGCAGCUUUAGAGUCCAAGAACACACUGUCAAUCUUUUGGAUCGCUCCACAGUUCCUCAUCUUCGGACUCUCAGAGAUGUUUACUGCGGUCGGCCUCAUUGAGUUCUUCUACAAACAGUCCCUGGCAGGAAUGCAGUCAUUUCUAACAGCCAUGACCUAUUGUUCAUACUCAUUUGGGUUCUACUUGAGCUCCCUCCUUGUCUCACUGGUUAACAAGAUCACCUCAAAUUCAUCAAGUGGAGGAUGGCUUAGUGACAACGAUCUCAACAAAGAUAGGCUAGAUUUUUUCUAUUGGUUGCUAGCUGCCCUUAGCAUCAUUAACUUCUUCAAUUAUCUAUUUUGGUCCAGAUGGUAUUCUUACAAUCCAUCUUUGUCUCCAACUCCAGUACAUGAUUCCUAUGGAGAAGACUUGGAUCACAACUUCAUCAGCUCUUCAAAGCAUAUUGGAGCUGACAAUAUUAUACCUUAAAUAGCAUUAUCUCCAUAAAUGAUUUUUUUACUUUCACCUUUAGCUUGACUAUUGUAUAAAAAAAAUGGAAAAAAAUAUAAAAAGUAUAAAACAAAUACCAUGUUGGAGUUAGACCCACUUAGUGCAACCUCUAGGUUGAUAACCAUUGUGUCUUCCAUCCUUUGCUACCUUUUGUUUCUUUAAUAAUUGACUGUCCAAGGUGGACUUUUAAGGGUCCAGAGGUCUUUGAUUUGAUCCCAAGGAUCCAUAAGGAAGUUAGGUCUAAUCCCAUCUGUAAGAUUCAAUGCAUUCUCCUUGUUGUACUCCUUUUCUUCAUUACUGUUCCUCUCUCUAUGAUCAUGGGUGAGGAAAUUAAAACCUCAUCACAUUUUAUUUCUAUGUAAAAGAAAGUGUAAGUGGUGGGGUUUUGCUUUUAUGCUUUAGUUAGUUAAAAGAAGGGUCAUUCUAAAGCAA